ACUUUGCACUGGUUCUAAUAAUCAAAGUCCACACCUCCUCAACGCCUCACGGUACGCCACAUACGUUCGAAGCAGUGGCGGAAAGGAGCGGUAAGUAGUGUAGUUUUCUUGUGAGCUAGGUAUGCUUGUUGUCCAUCCUGCAAGUUGCUGCGAUGUCUGCCUUGAAUCCUAUUCCAUCUCCUCAGGACCUGCUCAUUCUCCACAUGCAAUCGCCUGUGGUCAUAUAUUCUGUCUCACAUGCCUUCGCUCCUUGUCCCUAAGUGCAUGUCCCCUCUGCCGUGAGCCUUUCCAGUCAGACUGUAUCAAGAAACUCUACAUCGCAAAUCCAUCCACACAAGACAAUGCUGAACAGGAUAUUAUCGACGAUCAGCAUGCUAGUCUCCUUCUUCAUCGCAUAUCUCUAGUCUCGGGCGAAGACGCACGCGAUGCAGAAGUUGUCAACGUAGUCACCGAGGUGCAGGAAUGGCUGAAAUCUCAUUCGGGUAAUCCCAAUUCUCAUAAACCACUUCGAGCUGCCGUAACUUCCCUCCAGCGAAUCAAAGUUCUUCAGGAUAAGAGCGAGCGCGAUAAAGCAGAAUGUCGUCGCCUUCGUAACAAGCUUCGUACCUGCAAACUUUAUGCGGACCUCGACUCCAAAACAUCUCGCGCAGUUGAAGAAGGUCUGCUUUCUAGGAUUCAGAAAAUAGAGAAUGAACAUGCUCUAAAGCUGUCGCAACUGCAUUCUCAGCUGGAAAUCCUUGUAAAUCCCCAACCUCGAUACCCUAAUCCCAACAAUCCCGUCAUCCCUCAGCAAGUUCAGUUACCUCGCACAGUGGAUUUGGAUACUCAUAUAAGAAGGGGACACAAUAUUAUCUUCUUGCUUAUUACUUUCUUCGGUAUCAUCGAGGUAUAUGCACGUUUCAUCUUAAUGGCGAAAUAAUGACCCCUUGUGGCAGUUUGCUAUCUCAGCCUGGCUCACGUCGCAAUUUGAUGACCACCAUAAUUACUUCAGUCUAGCUGAACGAGAGUGCACUCAUUUUUUAUUAUUCACUUCCACAUGGACGAUCAUAUUCUUUAGUUACCGCACGUUUUUCUUCUUUCCUCCUCCAGACAGUGUCUUGGGCAGUAUGGCUUCUCAUAUCUUCUUGUACGUAGACCUCCUUUGGAGCGAGUUAAACUUGCUGACCAACUUGUUAUAUAUAUAGCCUGUGUCUAACAUGGGUCUUCUGGACCGCAGGCGCUACAAGUAUAACUGUAGUUCUCGGUGGACAACUGAAUCGCAAUGCCCAAAGCCUUUCCGUGUAUU